AUGUCGUUGAAGGAAUAUGUUGAUAAAUAUGAACAUCUUGAGGCAGGAGAGCAUUUGGAAAAUGAACUCGUCUCUAUUGCUGGAAGGGUAUCAAGGAUCGCCUCAAGUUCCUCAAAGUUGCGUUUCCUUGAUAUUAAAUCAGAAGGAACUAAGCUCCAAGUGUUCGCAAACUUCGCAAACCAUGAUCCGUCAACAGGCGAUUUCAAUGAUACCUAUAAUAAUAUUAAGCGUGGUGAUAUUAUAGGAUUAACGGGUUUUCCAGGAAAAUCAAAGAGAGGAGAAUUGAGCGUAUUUCCGAAGAGUGUAAAGAUAUUAUCACCAUGUUUACACAUGUUGCCAGAUAAAUUCGGCUUGAAAGAUAACGAUGUAAGAUUCAGACAAAGAUACCUUGAUCUCAUGAUGAAUGAUGAUAGUCUCAAAGUUAUGAAACUCAGAUCACGAAUAAUUGAUUAUUUGAGGAAGUUUUUGACUAGCAGAGGGUUCUUUGAGGUUGAAACCCCUAUGCUUAAGACCACUUCAACUGGUGCCUCAGCAAAGCCUUUCAUAACGCAUCACAAUGAACUUGAUUUGGACCUUUUCAUGAGGAUUGCACCUGAACUACCACUCAAACUCAUUAUUAUCGGAGGCUUUGAAAAGGUGUUUGAAAUAGGAAAAUGCUUCAGAAACGAAGGGAUUGAUCCAACACAUAACCCUGAGUUCACUUCAUGUGAAUUCUACUGGGCCUAUGCCGAUUAUCAUGACCUCAUGAAACUAACCGAAGAACUUCUUUCAUCAUUGGUGUUUGAAUUGUUUGGAAAGUAUGAAAUAACAUAUCAUCCAGAUGGGCCUGAAGCAGAAGGAGUUAUAAUUGACUUUACUCCGCCAUUUCAAAGAGUUUCAAUGGUUGAAGAAUUGGAGAAUAAAAUGAAGAUGAAGUUAAGCCCACCAUACGAUUCACAAGAGAAUGUAGAAAAGUAUCUAACAGCAAUAAAGGAAGCCGGGUUGGAUAUGCCAAAACCUCCAGUACCAGCCAAACUCAUAGAUCAACUCGUUGGACAUUAUAUUGAAGAUCAAAUUGUUAAACCCACUUUUAUUGUUGAUUUUCCCCAAUGUACAUCUCCACUCUCGAAAUGGCAUAGAAGUAAGGAGAAUGUAUGUGAAAGGUUUGAGCUGUUUAUAUGCGGGAAAGAAUUAAUUAAUUCAUAUACUGAAUUAAAUGAUCCGAUUACACAAAGAGAAUGCUUCAAACAACAACAAAAGGCUAAGGAUUUGGGAGAUGAUGAAGCACAACCUCCAGAUGAAGCAUUCUGUACAGCAUUGGAAUACGGAUUACCUCCAACCGCUGGAUGGGGAAUAGGAAUCGACAGACUCGCUAUGUUUUUGUCCGACAAAAAUAAUAUCAAAGUAUUUAUAGGUGUGAUAAUAAUUGUUUAG